UUGGAAUCCAGGGAGGGCCAGCUCAGCUGAUGUGGGGGAGGACCGUCUCCCAUCUUCCCAGCACUGGGUGGUACAUUUCCCCCUUAAAGGACGAGGCUCUCCAGGUGCCCAGGUGAGGUGCCGGCCUCAGGGCAGGAGGCAGACCCUCACUGGAUGACCUCCAGCCCACGGCUUCCGGCUUCCACGCAUGCAGUUUCUCUUCCCUCUACCAGCUUCCCCGGAUGGGGAUGGCGAAGUGCUCCAGAACAGGCCACCUGCUGAUGCUGCUGAGUGUCUCGGGCAAAAGCUUGCCGCCAACUCAGUGCCAUUUCCGCGUGAGAGAAGUGAAAGUGGUGGGUGGGAGGAGGUGACUCAGCCCCUGCCUGUGUUUGGGGCUUGAAUUCCAAUUUAUUAUAAUAAAUUGCGAUACUUAGUUAUUUCCUCCAGCCUGGAUUGCUUUGAUUCACCGAUGGCCGGAUAAUUGAGGCAACCUGGAAGGGCUGCAUUGCCUUCAGCCCCAGAGUCUUCUGUUCCGACCUCUGCAUGGUUCCCCACCCAAACCUGGCUAAUCUUGGCUGUGGAAGCUGUGAAGGGAAGGGAGAAGACUCGGCUGCCAGAAUGCAGCAGUUGAGAAAUGCUUUGCAGAAUGGGUGGGCUCCAUGCAUUGCUAGCGAAGCGUCUCCAGGACAAUUAAACGCCAAAGAGGUAUGGGAUAGUGCUGGAUGCAGGGUCUUCCCACACGGCCAUGUUUGUCUACAAAUGGCCGUCUGACAAGGAGAACGAGACCGGGAUCGUCAGCCAGCACAGCGACUGCCACGUGAAGGGGGAAGGCAUCUCAAAGUACUCCGCAAACCCACCGGCAGCUGGGGAAAGCUUGAUAGCCUGCCUUGACCAGGCCCUGGAGGACGUCCCGAAGGCGAGGCACGCCAUCACCCCCCUCUACCUGGGUGCCACGGCUGGCAUGCGGCUGCUGAACAUUUCUAACCCCCAGGCUUCAGGCAGCGUCCUUGAAGCUGUGACCUCCACAUUGAAGAAAUACCCCUUUGACUUCCGGGGAGCCAGGAUUCUGAGUGGGGAGGAUGAAGGCUUAUUCGGGUGGGUCACCGCUAACUACCUCCUGGAGAACUUCGUAAAGUACGGGUGGAUCGGGCAGUGGAUCCGUCCCAAGAAGAGCACGGUGGGGGCCAUGGACCUGGGGGGCGCCUCCACCCAGAUCACCUUCGAGACCACGGGGGCCAUUGAGAGCCCUGCCAACGAGGUGACCCUGAAGCUGUACGGGCAACACUACAAAGUCUACACGCACAGCUACCUCUGCUACGGCAUGAAUGAGGUCCUCAACAGGCUGAUCUCCAAGGUGCUGAAGGCUAAAGCUUACGCCCUCCGACUGGAGAACCCCUGCUGGCCACAGGGAUUCAAACACAGCUUCCCCAUGGAAAGCAUCUACGGGUCGCCCUGCGUCAGCACCGAGAAGCCCCUCAACUACUUCCCCAUGGCCACGGUGAACAUGAGUGGCUCCGGGGACCCCGCCCAGUGCAUGGUGCACGCAGAGAGCCUCUUCCGGUUCACGGGCUGCACUUAUUCCAGCUGCUCCUUUGACGGGGUCUUCCAGCCCCCCGUGGAGGGAAACUUUAUUGCCUUCUCUGCAUUUUUCUACACGGUGGAUUUCCUCCGUUCAGUGAUGAAAAGGCAGGUGGCCACACCAAAUGACCUCAAAGAAGCUGCGGAAGCCCUCUGCAGCACGCCCUGGAGUGAGCUGCUCAAGAAGGCACCAACACUGGAGCCCCAUUUGCAGAACUACUGCUCGAUGGCCACCUUUGUCUCACUGCUCCUCAGCCGGGGCUACUCCUUCGGCAACACCACCUUCCCCAGCGUAUCUUUCCAGAAGAAGGCCGGGGACACGACCAUCGGCUGGGCUCUGGGCUACAUGCUGAACCUCACCAACAUGAUCCCGGCAGAGGAGGCCGGCGUCCGCAAGGGCACUAGCUUCGGCCCCUGGGUGGGCCUCAUCUUCCUCUUUGUCGCCAUCCUCCUGAGCAGCUUAAUCAGCCUUUUCUGCCUGCUGAAGUCCUCCAAGGGGCACGGGGGCGUCUAACCCCUGUGGGAGCCCUGGCCUCGUGUGGGGCAUAGGAUACUAGUUCUCUUCUAUCCCGCCUUCUCUGGCCUCGCACACCAGGAACGCCAGCGUUUUGCCAAAACUCAGGAAAGAAGAAAUUGGCAGCCCACCCCCUUUCCUGCCCCCUUUUUCCUUCCCGGAGGUGCCACCAUGAGGGCCCCACCUUCAAGGAAAAGGUGCCACCGUUGGCAAGGAAAGCAUCUGGAGACCUCCAGGACUUCCGUUCGUCCUGCUCCUUGUUAGACUCGGGAAUUUCUAAUCAAGGGCCCAUCCUAAACUCUUGAGCCAGCAAGACACCGCCCCCACCCCAGGGCAAAUGACCCUGGGAGGAAAUAUCCUCAUGCAUCUCUUUAACUAUGGACGCCAGAAGGUGUGACCAUCCCCAGGAUCUUACUGCCUCUCAGCAGACACCAACCGCCUUCAAAAACUGAGGUCCUCAAAAAGCAAAUGGGGUUGUCCAAAAAGUGUACUACGGAAACUUUAAUUGGGCCCAAUUCCCACUGGACUUCACUGUGGGGUGGGUGGGGGGGCUCCCAUCAGCCAAAUUGGUCCAGAUGAGCUUAAGACUUUGUGGAGAGCUGUUUGAGGCAGCCACAAGGAUGUCUGAGUGUCACCCACAAGGGCGGGAAUUAUAGAAACUAAUUGUUAUUGUUUGUAAAUAUAAACCCAGAUAACAUGCUGUUUACCAAAUAUUAAGGUGAUUGUUAAAAAAUUAAUAAAAUAUAUUUAAAAAAA